AUGCAAGAAGCCUCCAGCACGUCUGCUACUAACUGGCGGAUCCCCAAAGCCUGCCAGGAGUGCCGCAAGCGCAAGAUCCGCUGUAACGGCGCUAAUCCUUGCAAAACGUGUCAUCAGCGCAACACCCCCUGCAUUUACAGAGAUUACACUCGCCAUCGCAGGAAAAAGCACGAAAUCAGCGAUUCCCGUCGCGAUGAGCGGGAUGUUCGCUCAUCGCCCGAGUCGGGCGGCCUUCCACGGCCUCAAGGCGCAUCGCUAAUCCAGAACUAUCCCAACAGCGUGUCGGCGACACACAUGGCAUCUCCGUCAUGUCAGGUUCAACUUUAUUAUGGACCCACGUCCCAUUUUUCUCUUAUGCAGCAUGUAUACCGUGACCUGGUCGCGAAUCCCAGCGCGCCUUCAAGACCAGCGAAUGACAUCGAAGAAGCCGGAGCAGGCCUAGAUCUGUUUAGCUUUCGCCGUAUUUUUUUUGGGAUCCCCGAAUCGCAUGAAACGGGGCGUUCCACUGCUAGCGGGGACAUGGCCCUCAUGUUCUUGCCAUAUGGGCUCGCAAAUACUCUUCUCUCUGGGUUCUUGUCCACACUGUAUAUCCUCAUGCCGUUCCAACCACCAAACAAGCUACAAGCCUGGCUAGAGCAGCUGUACAGUCACUCUCCAUCUGCACAUCCAGAUACUUUGACACAAGCCAUCAUUCUGAUCAUCCUGGGAAUUGCUUCCAUUGGGACAGAACAUGAUACCUGGGCGGAUCUGUUGUACGACCGCACCAAGGCAUUGAUGGUGCCAUUUGAUGACGUGGUCAAUAUUCAGACUGUCCAAAUAUCGUUACUCAUGAUAAGUCUCUCGUUCCCGGCACCUUUUGACAAUAAGCUGACAGCAAGCGUCGACCAAAUUCGGCGUUUCUACACCUCGGAACGGCAUCCCGGAAAGCACUGGCAGCUGGUCUGCAUAAGGAAGUCCCUGGGAAUGAAGUCCAAACACCAGAGAUCAUCGAAGAACGGCGAAUGA